GUAGGCGGCUCUUUGUCGAAGCUAGAGGACCGGCAGGCGGCAGCAGCAACUACGGCGGCGGCAGCAGAAUCCAGCAGUGAUGUGGAGGUGGAGACCCACAGGAGCCCCGGACUUCACCUGAGCUACCUCAGCUGUCACCAAGAGUGGCAAGAAAAAGAAGAAAGUCCAGAGUUGGAGGGGACCAGAAUGCCUGACCGGGACAACUAUGCCAAUGGCACUGGAAGCAGCAGUGGAGGUCCUGGAGGUGGCGGCAGCGAGGAAGCCAGUGGGGCAGGGUCAGGCAGUGUUGGAACAAACUCAGAUGCCAUCUGCAGAGACUUCCUGAGGAAUGUGUGCAAGCGGGGCAAACGUUGUCGCUAUCGCCAUCCAGACAUGAGCGAAGUGUCCAACUUGGGGGUGAGCAAGAAUGAGUUCAUCUUCUGUCAUGACUUCCAGAACAAGGAGUGUAGCCGUCCAAACUGCCGAUUCAUCCAUGGCUCCAAAGAGGAUGAGGAUGGUUACAAGAAAACUGGAGAACUUCCCCCUCGGCUAAGGCAGAAAGUAGCAGCUGGCCUGGGCCUUUCACCAGCUGACCUGCCGAAUGGCAAGGAAGAAGUGCCCAUCUGCCGUGACUUCCUCAAGGGGGACUGCCAGAGAGGAGCUAAGUGCAAGUUCCGUCACCUGCAACGGGAUUUUGAGUUUGAUGCUCGGGGUGGAGGAGGAGCUGGUGGGGGGGGUUCAACAGGCCCGGUCCCCCCAGGACGUCGUCAUGAUCUCUAUGAUAUCUAUGACCUCCCUGACAGGGGCUUUGAAGACCAUGAACCAGGCCCCAAACGUCGGCGAGGUGGGUGCUGCCCUCCUGAUGGCCCCCAUUUUGAAUCGUAUGACUACAACCUGGCUCCACCCCGAGGAAUGGAAUGCAGACUGCUAGAAGAGGAGAACGCCAUGCUCAGGAAGCGGGUCGAGGAGCUAAAGAAGCAGGUCAGCAACCUGUUGGCCACCAAUGAAGUUCUGCUGGAACAAAAUGCCCAGUUUCGUAAUCAGGCUAAGGUCAUGACUCUGAGCUCCACUGCACCAGCCACUGAGCAGACUCUGGCCCCCACUGUGGGCACUGUUGCCACUUUUAACCAUGGCAUUGCUCAGACUCAUACUACUCUCAGCAGCCAAGCUCUCCAGCCCCGCCCUGUAUCUCAGCAAGAGCUGGUUGCCCCUGCUGGAGCUCCAGCUGCUCCCCCAACGAAUGCCGCACCUCCUGCUGCUCCACCACCCCCACCUCCACACUUGAACCCAGAGAUCACACCAUUGUCAGCUGCUUUGGCUCAAACAAUCGCCCAGGGAAUGGCACCUCCACCUGUGUCCAUGGCUCCUGUGGCUGUCUCUGUCGCUCCUGUGGCCCCUGUGGCUGUAUCGAUGGCCCAGCCUUUGGCAGGAAUCACAAUGAGCCACACCACCACUCCCAUGGUGACUUACCCCAUCGCCUCCCAGAGCAUGCGCAUCACAGCCAUGCCGCACUGAUGGGACAACUGGACACUCGCCUGGUUUUGCCUCCUAGGGCUGGGGUUCAGGGGCUCCUGCUCACCCACUCGCAUAGCCCUUCCAGGCCCUGUCUGAAGGGCUCACUCAAGAACUGGACAAGAGACUGCAAAGAAUAUGCUUCUGAGAUGGGUUUGGGCUGGUGUGUUUUCUCUCACCUGCCUUUCGUAAGGGUCCUCUUGCCCAUCUUCUUCAGGCUUCACAGAAGGGGCUUGUAUGAGGGUGCAGACUGAAGCCAAGGGAAGAGGAAGACUGCCUGAGGGGCUGUGUUCCCUGAUGGGAAGUUGAGGACAUCCUGAUCUUGUCCUCUCUUCAGCACAGCACAGCACACACAGGUUCCAGCACUACCUUUGGAAAGGAUAAAAACAAAAAUAAACCUACUCAGAAAGCCAGAAAAGAUUGGGAAGUGGGGGGCCAGGAAAGUAAGUCUGAUAGGAACUUUCAGACAACUUGGGGCCCAGUUGAGUUGGACAAUAUAGGAAUUGCUCCUGGGACCCUGGAAAGGCGGGGACCAUAGUACUCUAGCCCAAAGGCUAGGGUAGUACUCAUUACCUUAGCUUGGGUUGGAAAUCCAUAGGGCAGGACCCACCACUUUCCAAAGAAAUAAAAAAUAAUUAUUUUUAACAAA